CGUCCUCGUCCUCUUUCCUCUUUAGGGAGUGUUCCGACUGGACAAGAGCACGGGAGAAUUGUUCGUGACUCGCGGGCUGGGCGAGGAGAGGCGGAUGCACACGGUCUACAUAGCGGGGAUCGACGGGGGAGGCCUCCGAUCCGACGAGAACGCCCAGGUCCUGCUCUCCGUCAUCGGGGACGAUCAGAGGCCUCCCGUCUUCCAGAGGCCUCGCUACAGCUUCUCCGUCGGGGAAGACGUCGCUCAGGGUACACGGCUGGGGAUCGUCGGAGCGCAUGCGCCAGGGGACUCGCGGGUGGAUUAUUCCAUCUCAUCGGGAGACCCGGAGGGUUACUUCCACAUCCAUCCUUCGACGGGUGUCCUCACCAUCAGACGGGCUUUGGACCACGAAAAGACACCUUUCGCCCUUCUCAACGUGCAGGCCAUGGCCGGGGAACCGCCUUCUUUCGGUCAUACUCAGGUGAACGUGACGAUCUGGGACGUGAACGACAACAGCCCCGUGUUCUCGACUCCGUCGGUGGAACUGUCGGUGCCGGAGAACGCGGAGGUGGCGACGCCGCUCUACGUCGUCCUCGCCCGAGACGCGGACGCCGGCCUCAACGGAGAGGUCGCGUACUUCCUCCAGGAACCGAGUUCGCUGUUCGCGAUGGACCCGACCUCGGGGGUCCUGUCCCUGCUCCAGGGGUUGGACUACGAGACCUCCACCUCCUACGACCUGGUGGUGAUCGGCAGGGACCGGGGAGAGCCGAAUUCCUUCUCGUCCAGCCUCGCGGUGAGGAUCGACGUGCAGGACGUGAACGACAACCCGCCGGAGUUCACCCGGUCCGCGUAUCGGGCUUCCCUCCUGGAGAACGCGGAGCCGAACACGCCGAUCGUCCAGGUGGAGGCGACGGACGUGGACACCGGCAACAACGCCAGACUCACGUACAAACUGCAGCAGCCGGAGGCCUUCCCCGAGUUCGGAAUCUUUCCCAACUCCGGCGUCCUCUAUCUCAA